UGUGCCCAUGUCGGCCAUUUUGCACGAAACAUAUACGAGUCUCUCAUUUUGUUCCAGCCCACUAUUCAUGUCUAUUGUUUGAAACUUCACAACUUUGUUUUUAAAAAUAUAUGCAGUGCAGCAACGCGUGUUUUACUGAUAUUUCCUGCAAAUAACACAUUAUUGUUGCAAGUUGAGAUAGUUUUAUAAUUUCUUCAUAUUUUUCCAUUCAUCGUUAAAGACUUCAGAUUUUUAUUCGUGUGUAUCUAUAUAAUUUGCUACUAUGAAUAACGCGAACAAUAUUUUGACAAACAUAUAUGACACUUUGAUAUGUUUGCGAUAUCCAUAUAUCACUACCGUGGAGUCAAAAGAUUUGGAAGCAACAAUUCUUAGUGGUAAAAAUCGUAUUUGUUUACUUUCUUGGCUCCUGACAGAGAAAUCGCCAUCCAUCAACGAAAAUUUGAAAAAGCUGAAGGAUGUUGCCCUGGAAGAUCAAUUGUUCGAAUACUACUCUGAUAUUGGAAUUUGUAACAACAAGGAUAUAUUACUGGGUAAAUGUUCCUUGAAGGAACAACUACCAACUUUAGGAUUAUUAUUAGAUUUUAUGACAGAAGUACACCUGAAAUCCCCUAUAAGUAUAAACGAGACUGAGGAAACGUUUGAGGAUAUUUUUAAGCUAUACAUUAAUGAUGUCAAUCAAAUAUCUUCUCCUUCUGUUAAACCAACAGUAAGUUAUACUGAAGCUAUUAAAUAUUUCAAACAAAUUGAAACAGAAGUGUCAAGUAAUGAUUGCGAAGAUAUUAAAACCAAUUUGGCUGAAGAUCCAUGUGUAGAGACUGAGUAUGGACUAAUCAACGAUGAACAGAAUACACAGUUUAAGAAGGAAAUUGAGAAGUUCAUAGAAACAUUUCAGACAAUGUCAUGUUGGCCAGUACAAACCAGAAAUUUUGACAAAGAUAUUUCUGAUUCCAUUUGUUCGGACAUUAAAAGUAUAUGUUCCGAUUUCAACACUUUAAAAAAGGUACUGCAAGCAAAAGACGAGAUAUUUAAUAUAAAGGAUUUAACAAAAGAAUUACCGAAGACUGCUACACCUUUAACCAAAGUUAUAGAAGAUAUAGUUAUUUGUAACGAAGCACUCGAAAAUUUGAGUAUGGCAAAUAAUAGUGUUGAUUGAUUUUAUAUUUAUUUUUUACUUAAACAAUUCUAGCUAUAAUUCAUAUCAUUAAGCAUAAUUUAUAUAUAUAUAGUGUAAUCCAAAUAUUUAUAAUGUACAAAGAAUAGAAAAAUUUAUAUUUGGAAAUUUUAUCCAUAUACAUUAUAGGAAUUUUUGUGUAAAAGGGAAGAUGUUAAUAGAAUAAAACAAUUGUCUAA